GACAGAGAAAGGCAUUUCCAUGCCUUUUUUUCUAAUCAUUCACUUAUUGUUUCAGACACAAGCAUCAAGCACAGUCCCCAUUUUGAUUGGGUGGUUGCACACAUUGGCAGCUGCUUCCCACAGACUAUCAUAAGUCAGGUCCUUCAAUGUGGCCACAAGAACUAUCACUUUUCUAUGAAUGGGGCCAGUGUCAGAGGAGAUAAGGUUGGGUCAGUAGUGGGAAUUCUGGGACACUUAGGUAGCAGUCAUUAUGGUGGCCUCAAGUCUGCACUUGUUCUCAUGUUCAGGGGAAUCCAAGAGGAUCCAUUGAAGGAAGAGAAUCUCUCUGUUGUACCCUACAUCAUUCAACUUUGUUCCAUGUCACAUCUUUUGCUCCAAGCUGCCACUGAUGACCUUCCACAGCUCUUGUCAAGAGAGAUGAUUGAAUGCCUGUCAAAGCAGGCUCCUCAAUGGCUGGGGAAGUAUUUCUCAACUGCCCCAGUCCUUAUUGGGAUGUUGGUCAACCUCCUCCUUCAAGUGGAAACAUCUGGCCCAGUACUCAUUCAGCUCCUUCUGGACCUGGCCAUCAAUCCACCUGGCAGGAAUAUCACCCUGCAGAACAUAAUUGGGGAGACAUCUCAUCUCCUGCUCAGUGGAGGUGGACGCAUUUCUGCCACCGCGAUUCACACUUGCGGAUUGAUGCCCUGA